AUGCACAUAUAUGGCCUGUUAGCCCCGCCCAGCAGAGCCCUCAGCCAAUCAGAGCGCUCGGCCACGCCCCCGGGCCCGCGCGCGCUCCGGGCUCGCGGCCGCUGCCGGAAGUGGCGGUCCCCGGGGGUGUCCCCUGGAGCCAUGGGGGACACCGGGGUGGCCUUGUCACACGCCCUGCUCUGUGUCACCAGCCUGGGCUGCGCCCUGCGAGCCAGACAGGUGACACCCGGCCCCGCCGCCGGUUUCCUCCUGCAGGCGCUGGUGGCCGCCAGCACCGCGCUGUCCCCUCCGCGUCCCCUCGAUGUCCCCGAGGUGCCACCACCGUCCCCUCCGCCCUCCUGGAUCUGCUCCGUGCUGUCCCAGCCCUUGGUGGCCUUCGGGUGCCACCGCCUCAGCGGUGACAGCGCCACCGCCGCUGUCCUGCUGGCCUCGGGGACGGCGGUGGCCGCGCUGGCCGCGGGGUGGCCGCGCUUUGUCACCGCCGGUCACUUUGUCCCCGCGGGUCACUUUGUCACCGCGCUGACGGCCGCCUCGCUGCUGGCGCUGGCCGCGCUCACCGGCAGUGUCACCGGCGCGGUGGCGGCGGCGCUGGUGGCGCUCGGGGACGCGGUGGCACCGGGGGUUGUCCCCUGGGUGAGGGUGGCGGCCAGCGUGGCGCUGCUGGGGACACUGCGGGAGCAGGAGGUGGCACUGCGGGGACAGCGGUGACGGACGGCGGGGUGGCACCGGGGUGGUGGCACUGGGUGGCACCGGGGGGCACCGGGGUGGUGGCACUGGGGUGGUGGCACUGGUGCUGGUGGCACUGUGGUGACACCAUUAAAGGACAUCAGCGUGGCACUGA